CAGUUCGGUCUGUUGUCCAGGCGGCUGCAAUAUAUAAAAGCGGUCAGCGGUCAAAUCCCACACAGCCGCUUACAGCGUUACGGGGUUUUUUUCUAUUAUCGCGCCGGAGUAGUUAGACUCUCUUUUUCACCGCCGGCAUCGGCGUCCCCUCAGUACCCGGAGGAGAGGGGGUCCAGCGUGGCGUGACACCGCGAGGAGCGACCAGCAUGGACCCCCAAGCGAAGGAUCGCACCAGCCCGGCGGCGGGGGGCUUAAGCGGGCGCCCGGCCUCUCUCGGAGCUGACGGGGGUGACUCGGAGUCCGGAGCCGGCUCGGAGGAGGCUGCCGUGGGCUGCUGCAGCGACACGUUCAGCAGCCUGCCUGACAUGGAGCAAGAGACUCUGGAGGAGAAAUUAAGGGGACUGGCGUUCAGAAAACAGACGUCGUAUCGGAAAGCCAUCUCCCGCUCAGGCCUCCAUUACCUUGGCCCACCUCAGCCCUCGCUUCCUCCUGCGUCCAACGGCCCCACCAAGGAGCUACGUACCUGCGUGGACUGGACGGAGAACGCAGUGAACGGGGAUCACCUGUGGAUGGAGACAAGCUGCUCGGGAGAGCUCUGUUAUCUCGGAGAGGACACCUGCGUGCAAAAGACAGCUAAGUCGGCCCCCAGGAGGAAAUGUGCAGCCUGUAAGAUUGUUGUUCACACCGGCUGCAUGGAGCAACUAGAAAAAAUAAACUUCCGAUGUAAGCCGACCUUCAGAGAGGGAGGAUCCCGAACCCUGAGAGAUAACGUCCUCAGACACCACUGGGUUCACAGACGACGACAAGAGGGGAAAUGUAGACAGUGUGGAAAGAGUUUUCAGCAGAAGUUCUUCCACAGUAAAGAAAUCAUCGCCAUCAGUUGUUCGUGGUGUAAACAGGCCUUCCACAACAAGGUGACAUGUUUCAUGCUGCACCAGAUAGAGGAGCCGUGUUCACUGGGGGCCCACGCCGGAGUCAUAGUACCACCGUCCUGGAUCAUCAAAGUCAGGAAACCACAGAGCUCCCUAAAGAACUCUGCCAGAAGAAAAAAGCGGACAUCUUUCAAACGAAGGACAAGCAAGAAGGGAUUAGAUGAGUCUAAAUGGCGUCCGUUCAUGCUGAAGCCUCUCCCCUCUCCCCUCAUGAAGCCCAUCUUGGUUUUUGUGAAUCCAAAGAGUGGCGGCAACCAGGGUGCCAAAGUGUUACAGAUGUUUAUGUGGAUCUUGAAUCCUCGUCAAGUCUUCGACCUUUCGCAGGGUGGACUGCGCGAGGCGUUGGAGUUGUAUCGCAAAGUGCCAAAUCUGAGGAUCCUUGCCUGUGGAGGAGAUGGCACGGUGGGGUGGAUCCUGUCUGCUCUCGAUGAGCUGCAGAUGAAUCCCCAGCCUCCGGUCGCUGUGCUUCCUCUGGGAACAGGAAAUGACCUCGCCAGGACGCUCAACUGGGGUGGGGGCUACACGGAUGAACCAGUGUCCAAGGUUUUGUGUCAUGUGGAGGACGGUUCGGUGGUGCAGCUGGACAGGUGGAACCUCUUAGUAGAAAAGAGCUCUGCCCAGCCAGAGGAGGGCACACAGAAGCUGCCCUUGAACGUGUUCAACAACUACUUCAGCCUUGGCUUCGACGCGCAUGUCACCCUGGAGUUCCACGAGUCCAGAGAGGCCAACCCAGAAAAGUUUAACAGUCGCUUCCGCAACAAGAUGUUCUAUGCAGGAGCUGCAUUCUCAGAUUUCCUCCAGAGGAGCUCCAGGGAUUUGUCCAAGCACGUCAGAGUGGUGUGUGAUGGCACAGAUCUCACUCCCAAGAUCCAGGAGCUGAAGUUCCAGUGCAUAGUGUUUCUAAACAUUCCCAGAUACUGUGCUGGCACCAUGCCGUGGGGAAACACGGGAGACCAUCGAGACUUUGAACCUCAGCGGCAUGACGACGGCUGCAUCGAGGUUAUCGGCUUCACCAUGGCCUCGCUGGCAGCGCUGCAGGUUGGAGGUCACGGAGAGAGACUUCACCAGUGCAGAGAGGUCGUCCUCACUACCUACAAGACUGUACCUGUUCAGGUGGACGGCGAGCCGUGUCGACUGGCUCCAUCCACUCUCCGCAUCUCUCUUCGAAAUCAGGCCAACAUGGUCCAGAAGAGCAAGAGACGCACCUCUGUGCCCCUGCUCAACGAUCCUCACGCUGUUCCAGAUCGUCUGCGUCUUCGAGUGAACCGGAUCAGCCUCCAGGAGUACGACAGGCUGCAGUAUGACAAGGAGCGGCUACGAGACAUAUCCAUCCCUGUUGGCAUAGUGGUGGUGAGGGGGGACUGUGACCUGGAGACCUGCAGACUUUAUAUUGACAGAUUACAAGAGGAUUUACACCAGGCGCCAUCUACUGGCCACAGAGUGCACUACCAGGAUGAAAGCAGAGGUGUCCCUCGGACCAGUUCAACCAGCAGACUGUCUCCCAACUGGAGCUUCUUGGAUUCCACGUCAGCUGACCGCUUUUAUCGUAUCGACAAGGCUCAGGAGCAUCUCCAUUUCGUGACCGAAAUCUGUCAGGAUGAAGUGUUCAUCCUGGACCACGAAACUCCAGUGGCGAGCCAGGGCUCGUCCACGGGGAUGCCUGAUCUGGUGGUGGAGCCCACUGCCGGCGCUCCACUGACAUCAGACGAACAAGCUCUGCUGACAGCUGCAAGUUCUGGGGACCUCUCCACGCUCUUACAGUGUGUGGAUCGAGGCGUCAGUUUGUUGGUCCGAGACUCUGGGGGUUGUUCAGCAUUGCAUUUAGCUGCUCAGAGCGGACACGCAGACCUGGUCCGCUACAUACUGCAACAAGGCUCCAAGGUUCUUCUGGAUUUAACAGACACAGAGAGAGGUGACACUGCAUUGCACAAAGCAGCAUCAGGGAAGCAGCACGCAGUGUGUCGACUACUGGUCGAGGCCGGAGCGUCACUAGAGAAGACCAACUUCCAGGGGAAGACGCCGGCAGAACAAGCCGAUGGAGAUGCUGAGCUCACCGCCUACCUGAGCUCAUCGUCCGCGAGCCACGAAGACCUGGAGACGGCCGUGUGAUCGCAAACACGCUCGCGCACUCUGUGUCGCUCUGGACUCUGCUCGCGCUCGACGUGGAGAGGAAAACGUUUGGAUUCGACUCUUCGGGCGGAGAAGUUGGGAGACGAGCCAGAGGAGAUGAACUGCUUCAGCUCGCAGCAGCACUGCAGAGGAGAUUUUACUGGUCUACUAUUUAUUUGUAUUUAUUUAUUCAUAUUCUAUUUAUUGGUUGUGCCGAUUGAGUGAGUGACUGAUCGUAGGACUAUCAGGAUGCAAGUGCAAUUGGACCAGCCGUCACACGUCGUGAGUUCACCUGUUUCUCAUUUUAUAAGGGAUUCAUGCAUAUUUUACUCCCUGAGACUUCUGCAGUGGUUUAAAGUGUAUAAAGUGUCAUUUCAGCGCUUGUAGGAACAGUAAAAGUUUUUGUUUGUCCCUUAAAACAUGUGCCAAAGACAUUGCACUAACGUAAUGUCACAUCUCAUCUAAAAUUUCAGUCAUUUUCCCAUCAUCUGUCACAUGGUUUGAUUUCCACACCUUCACGAAACUUUCUUACGCCUGUGUCAUUAAAUAUGCAACACUAGCGUGUGCAAUCACGUGCUGCCCCCUAAGUCACACAUCACAAAAUAAAACUAACAUAUCCUCCCCGGGUGCGCUCGUCCUGAAGUGCUUGUAAUGUUUUCCACUUUCGGCUUCUGGCGAGUCCCGACUCGACGCCACUUUAUAUCCUAUCAGAGUCGUUGCUCCGCUUGUCAGAUGAUUCAAAAAUCAUCUCCACAGAGCUUUCUGACUCCUUCAAGCAGCCGAUUACUUCCCGGAACACUUAGUGGACUAAAUGUGUCACAUUUUCUACAGUAAAAACCAUGAUUCAGAGCCACGUGUACAGAUGAGUUUUUAAAAGGUUUUUUAAAAUGAGGCUCUGCCCUUGCCCACUUUUAACAUUUAUUUUCAUUUUAUGUCUGCUUCACUGGAUCAUUUCUCCAACGUCUUGGCAUGUGUUGGAGUCUGAGAGGUUCACAAAGAGAUCUUUAAACUAAAGCUGCGAUUGAGUUAUUCACUUGUUUAAAAAUUUAUUGUGGCAAACAUGAUGGAGGGACUUUAUUUUCCCCACAGCAGCCACACACAAAAAAUUACACAGGCUGAUAUUAGACAAGUGUAAAUGUAUUUCUGCUGAUAUUCUCACCCAAAAUUUCCAGUGUUUGUUUAACUUCACCAUCUGCAAACAUUUCUAAAAAAUGUCCAAAAGUGUUGUUUAUUGAAAGGCUUCUGAUGCACAAACUUCAAAUAAGCAGCAGACUGUUUUCGCUCCAAGUCCUCGUCCUGCAAAUCUCUCAGCUACGAGGGGAAAAUCCCCACUCACGCUCCCAUGGGUGCAACGAGAGCGGUCACCCAGUGAAAUAUAACCCCUCGCUGAUCUUUAGCCGAUCAGUCAGUGAUUUCUCAUAGAAGCUACAAGUAUUUAGCUCUACUUGCACUGUCAGUAAUCCACAACAAUUCAAAACACGUAGGCAGUUUGACAUCAGACAAAAAGAUCAAACCUGUGAAAGCUUGCAACUUUUCACCUAGUUUUCUCACAAACUUCUUUUAACUACAGCUUUCUCUCCGAGUACAAACAACACACAGAACAAGUGACCGAGUGGGAUCAUUUAUGACUCCAGUCAUAUCUUUUUUUUUUUUAGCAUUAUAAGCUUUGAUUUUACUGGAAAUGACCAUUUCUAAUCACUACACUAUAGAAAGGCAUGUACGUUAUAUGGACCAAACAUAAGCUGCUCAGCCAUGCAGCUGAAAGACUCUGUUAUAUUGGGACAUUAUACACAUAAAAGAAACAUUAUGGCUAAGAUGAACACAAAUAGAGCCACAACAAGAAAAUCAUAACAUCAUGAGUGACCCCACCCGGUUGUUUGAGUAGCUAAAACCUCUUGUAGAUACCAAAAAGCAGCAUUUUUUGGCUCUUUCUGGGAUCCCAGAGAGUACAAAAAUAACGGAAUAAUCACAACGUGUUUCAGCAACGAUAAGCUCAUUAACUGAUGGAAAAUUAAUCACAUUUGUGUCAUAGAAAUGCCUAAAAUGUGCCGAUCUCUGUCACAUUUGUGGAUAUGUGCUUGUUUUCUUUGUCAUAUUUCUAAUAUUUUGCUUGUCUUGGUGAGAUAAAGGUGAUAAAGGUUUUGCUCUGGGAGCUGUUUUGUGAAAUUUCUUAGCCAAAACAAAAAAAAAAAGAACUCAUAUUUCAGAACAACACAGGACUCCGACUCUUUUUGUGGACAAAAUUAGUGCUGAACCAUCAAACCAGUGACCGGACCAAGUGAUAGUGAGAGGGGACCAGUAUUAGCCCAGUAUGGAGGGAAUAAAACUAACCCAAGAUUCCCAACGUUCGCGUUUGAAAGCAUUUUUGGACGAUAGACCAGAGUCUGUUUAAAAAAUGGGAGAUUUAAAGUAUUUUCAUUGCAAUGUUUCUUUCAAACUAAGAUUUUAACUUUUCACAGUUGGAUAGUGUGUAUCUGGUACUCCUGAUGUGUGCGUGGGUGUGUGUACGUGCAUGUGUGUGUGUCUGUGUGUCUGUGUGUGUUUGCAGCAUUUGUCUAAGAAUAAAUUAAAAUCUGAGCCAUAUUCAAUGCAAUAUGAAUAGAUUAUGUCUUUUUGUUUUUGCAUUUUUAUGUUACUCAUUUACAUUACAUUAAUGUUUGUAACACGUUCGAGCAUUUAGCACCGAGGAGUACUGCACGUGCGGUUUUACUUCAGUGCUGGUUGGGAAAAUGAUUCUUGUUUCGUUUGUUCUUUUCUUUUGAGCGCACAUAUGUCAGUGGAUUGAAACGACCCUGUGAACUCUGCUGUAACCUUUGCUGGUAUUUGCAGGACAAGAUGCUCUCCCAAAUAUUUAAGGGGACAUUGUAAAGAGUCAUGAUCAGCCAUCGUAAAAGUCUGGCUCCCAAAGUCCCCGCUUACGUUUGGCUUUUCUCCCUUUCCCUCAAAAUUCAAACUAUUAGUCGCCAAGUUGUGUCCUCAGGUUUCCGGUACAUCACAGAUUGGCUCUGGAGUCCCUUCAGUGUCUUAGACAGCAGAUAUCCUAAUAUGGUUAUCUCAGGCACAUGCCUCUGACUGUGACCUCCCCCACCACCUGCUGUUCAAACAUUACAUUUCUUUUUUUACUGCUGUACUGAAGCAAGUCCACUUCUGAGCUCAGACACACCGACCAGUGAACUAAAGAGAGAAGAAUGAGUAAAUAUGUACUGACGGGGUGUUGGUGCUUCGCAAGCACAACUAUUCCUGUGCAGAGACAAUCCCGCAGAGGCACCUAUUUGUGAAAUAUAUGUAAAAUUUAAGAGCGGUAAAAACAUUUGCAGCUGAGUCUAUUUUCACUGCACAAUUACCAACCAAUCAGAUCGAUCAGAUCUCUCUGCUCUGUUUUACCAAGGGUUAAAAUGUAAGAUGAGUAAAGACUCUUUUAUUCUAGAGCUUUAUUGUUUAAACGCUUCGAAUGUUCUUGGAAUUUCUUGACUGAAUCCACACUUUAAACGUUCAGAGCCGAUGUCUCGCUCUCUUUCUCUGCAGAGGUUUCUUGUUGCAGGAUGGCUUCCACAAGCCAGAUAUCAAACUCAACACUUCCUCUGAAUUUCAGCAGAUUACGUAACGGACAAAAUGUGUACAAUAAAACCACGAACUGAUCAUUUCCAGGAAGUGACUGUGCUCAUGUAAGCUAUGUUCGUUAUGAGCAGCACGCACACACACAAACACACACACACAUACACAGGCUUAUUAUCACUCUUUCUAUUGAGUAGAAACAUGACUUUGAAUUAAACUGUGUCUAUCAUCAGCGUUGGUUAUGCAUGUCCUUUAUUUUCUUACCUCCCUGGGAUUAUGUUCUGGUAAUGGCAUAAAAAAAAUGGCAUUAUUGAUGUUUUAACUGUUCAAUUGUUAUAAUUUUAAAUGAUUUAUACUCAAGUUUCUUCUAAGGCUGGGCACGUGGUUUUGUUUUGUUAUGUUUUAGUUUUGUUUUUUUGCUUUUGUAUUUUAUUUUUCUGCUACUGAUGAUGAUGAUGAUGAUGAUGAUGAUGAUGGGAUUACUUGAAGUUUGUUGUUUUUAUUUUGUUAUUUGGUAAAAGAAGAUGUGACGCUGUUG